GGCGAUAACUGUGUUCAGACUGUUUGACUAACGCCGUUUUGUUGUUUGUGUCUUGGAAGUCAUUGAUUGAAUGAAAUGUGACAAUAACAACAAUAACAACAACAACGACGACGACGACGAGAGACUGCGGUGGAAGAAAAAAAUAAAGGAAUAAUAACAACAACACCAGAUCCCCCAAGGAAAUAUUUAAAAACAUUUAUUAAAUGAAGAGAAAACGGCAAAACCGCAGCCCAUAAAAACAACGUCCGUCUGUCUGGUCUCUCUCUGUCUUUGUUAUUUUAGUUGAAAGUUGGCGAUAAAUUAUUCCUCGUCGGAGACAGAAAUCAAACAUUUUGAAAUUAUUUAUUUUUCUCGGAUACUCCAACUACCUUUCAACAAUAACCAUUCCAGCUUUCAGGUUCAGUAAAAAGUGAUGUCCAACAACAUCAGUGUCAGUGGUCACAUGAUUAACAACAAUGAUGAUGACGAUGAUGAUGACCCUCUGCUUGAUGCCGAGAUGUAUGGAGAUUGGUCCUCACAGCAAACUACCUGCAAAAGCUUCUACACUCUCCCCAGGUUUCGCUAUGUCAAUGUUAUUAAAGGUCUCCUCUUUAUUGAUGGUUUUCUUACUGCUAUUCUUUGGCUCACAGGUGGAGACUCUCAAUACUUUGUUGACAACAUCCUGCAGUUUCACAUGCGUCAAUCAGUGUUUGAUCUCGUCUUGAUAAACGAAGUGAAAAUGGUCCUUCUCAGCAUUGUUUACUAUUUCAUGGAAUUGAUGUCCUUCCGACAGAUUGACCAACCUUUUGAUGUCCAAGUUACUAAGAAAAAAUGCUUGUGUCAUGUCACAGCUAUUAGCAUAAAUCUAAUCUGCUUUGCUUACUCAGUGACUAAAGGUGGCAACAUCCUCUAUGCAAUUCUCAAUGAAACCAACACCUACACACCUAUGCACAUUGAGUACAACGUGUUAGUAAUAACUUCCAUAGCAUUUGGUCUUCUGCAGUUCCUGCUUUCGUUCUAUAGUUUCAGAGCAAUGCGAAAGUUGCGAGCCAUGCGCAUUUUGCACCGAUUCAAUGAUUAUGGUCAAGAAAUCGACAGUGAAGGUCAUCCAGUGAAAAAAAAGGCAAACUUGAAACGUGUUCUAUUGCUUGCCUCUCCAGAAGCUGGUAUGCUUAUGAUUGGUUUUGUUGCUCUUAUUAUCUCAAGCAUCGCCCAGAUGUUGGCACCAUUGUUCUUUGGAAAAGUUGUUGAUGCUGCACUCAAGUCAAUGGAUGCAUUAAACAAGACUGUACUCACAUUGCUAGGAAUAUAUUUCGGUGGUUCCAUAGCAUCUAUGGUCCGCUGCUGGAUCUUCAACUUAGCUGGUCAAAGACUUGUAGCAAGAUUGCGUACAGAUAUUUUUAAUAAUCUCAUAUGUCAGGAAGUUGCUUUUUAUGAUAAAACAAGGACUGGUGAGUUAACGAACCGGUUGUCAUCGGACACACAAGUUCUUCAAAAUGCUGUCACUGUCAAUGUUUCAAUGUUGCUGCGUUACCUGCUUCAAAUCAUUGGUUCCUUAGCUGUGAUGUUUGUCUUGAACCCUGCAUUAACUGGUGUUUUACUCGGAGUAGUACCACUGGUAUCAUUUGGAGCCGUCCAGUAUGGUCAUUACCUGAAAAAAUUACGAAAGGCAUUUCAGGACAACUUAGCAGAAGCAGGGACCGCAGCCGAAGAAUCAAUUUCAAGCUUACGGACAGUGCGGUCAUUUGCUUGUGAAAACAAAGUCCAGCAGGACUAUUCUGAACACAUCCAGAAGAGCUACAACAUUGGGAAGAAAUUAUCUGCUGUCCAAGGAACACUCGAUGGCUCUGUAGGGUUUAUAUCUUAUGCCGCCAUUUGCCUUGUACUAUGGUAUGGAGGAAAAUUAGUCAACGAGAAAACUGUCUCACCUGGACUAUUGACAUCAUUUCUGUUGUACACCUUACAAGUGGCAAUGGCUUUUGCAUUUUUGUCAUCAAUCUAUGGAGAUUUCAUGCAAGCUGUUGGAGCAUCUUCAAGAGUUUUUGAAUUGCUUGAUAGGGAGCCCUUAAUUUCCAUGGAGACAGGCGUUUGCCCAGAUAAAAUUGAUGGAGCCGUGGAGUUCUGUGAUGUAAAGUUUUGUUAUCCGUCACGUCCUGAAAAUGAAGUCUUAAAGGGAGUAUCUUUCAAGGUUGAAUCUGGCAAUGUGAUAGCAUUAGUAGGGCCAUCUGGUGGUGGGAAAUCUACAAUUGUGAAUCUUAUUGAGCGAUUUUAUGAUCCAGAUAGUGGCAAGAUAUUUCUUGGUGGCUUUCACAUUAAAACCUUAAAUCCGUCUUGGUUUCGUAAGCAGAUUGCAAUGGUUGGCCAAGAACCAACCCUGUUUGCUUGCUCCAUCAGAGACAAUAUAGCUUUUGGACGAGACUCAACUCCAGAAGAGAUUGUCGAUGCUGCCAAAAAGGCCAAUGCCCACAACUUCAUCAUGUCUUUUGAGGAAGGCUAUGAUACUCUUGUCGGGGAACGAGGAAUCCGUCUUUCUGGUGGUCAGAAACAGAGAGUAGCCAUUGCCCGGGCUUUGAUUAUGAAUCCUUCUUUGUUAUUACUUGACGAGGCUACGAGUGCUCUGGAUGCGGAGAGCGAACAUUUGGUACAGCAAGCCAUCGACAGAGCAUUGGUUGGUCGAACAGUGAUUGUCAUUGCACAUCGGUUGUCAACUGUAAGAAACGCAGCACAGGUCCUUGUCAUUGACAAAGGUUGCAUAGUUGAACAAGGAACCCACGACGAGCUGCUGGCGUUGAAUGGAGUUUACAAAAGGCUCGUCGUUCGUCAGCUGGCUGUCCCCGGUAACAUCGAUGCCCCUAAGCAUCCCGCAACUGCCGAAAACCAGAACCUCUUCCAGCCAUCUGAAGUUUACCCAGAGAACAUGCUGUCGGCGGCACCGCUUAGCCGCAGUCUUCCAGCCACGGCAUCAGUCCCCAUUCACUCUCGAAGUCAUCAGCCAAUCGCAGAAGAAUGUCUGGCAGGGAGUCCAGCGAUACACUGAUUCCUCCGUCUCCUCUGACCUCACCUCCUCACAUUAUGGUUUUUUUUUUCCUUCUUAUUUUUUUCAAGGGAAGUGGAGAAGGGGGGAGGGUGUUGAAAUGGCAGUGGUCUGUCAUGUUUUUUUUUUGUUUGUUUGUAAAUUUGAAGCUGCAGCUCAGAAUAUUCUUGAAGUAUAAAAACAAAAAGCAAACAAUAUAAAAAAAAAAUAAAAGAAAAGCAAUAAAAAAAAAGCAGAAAGAAUUAUGAGAAAAAUGGAAUUCAUUUCCAUUCAAGAAGCAGAAAUUUUAACAAUAAUGUGUGUGAAUGAGUCAGAUUGUGAGUGUGUGUAUGUGUGUGUGUGAGAGAGAGAGAGAGAGAGAGAGAGAAUGUGUGGUUGAUAAUUUGCCUAGAACUCUUUUAACCUUUUCGUUACCAUAUUCCUGUUGAGAUGCUCUGUGUUUCUUUCAGUUAAUUUUAAAUAUAACAAAAGAAUUUAGUAAAAUUAUUUAGUAAUUAUUAAGCUAGUGUUAAGAACAUAAAUUGGGACUAAGGUUUGGUGGAAGAUUUUAAUUCAGAACUUUUGAAAACAAGACAUUUGUACUACAGAGCCCAGAGGUGGUUUCAGGUGGGUUCGUAUCAAAAAGGCUAAACAGGAUGUGCCUGUAAAUUUUUUUGUGCAUUUUUAAAGAAGACAAUAUCCUAAUGUGUUUGCUUUAUAUUAAGGGCUAGGAUCUGGAAGUGUAUAGAAUACCUUCCCUGUUUUGUUUUUUAAGAUAUUUCCACAGCAAAGAAAAUAUUUAGUAUGUUUCUUUUUUUUUUUUUUUGCUUCUUUCUGUAAGACCUUAGUGUUGUCUUUCAAUUCGUUGGACAUAAUGUCAUCUUGCUAUCUGCUUUAUUUUAUUUCUGCAAAGGGACUGUUGGGACGGAUUGCGACAACAAAUUACAACAUGGUUUGGAUUUUCAUCAAAUAUAUCAUUAAAUAAUAUAUCAAAUAUGUUAACCCUUAAACAACAGACAUCUUCAAUUUAGGUUUAAAAAAUGUGACAUGGCGAGAGCCAUCAUCAGAAAAAAGUGAAUAUUUUAUGGCACAUUUUCAAUGAGAUUGUAAAUUUUAUUGAGUGAGAGGCUAACUAUCAUUAUAGUUUUUGUGAGCGGCUAUGUAUUAUAAUAAAUUUUCAAAGUGAAAAUAAGUAUAAAAAGGGAUAUUUUUUUUGGUUUUUGCCCAUUUCGCACAUACAUUUAUGCAACCAUUUUCUGCCAUUUAAGGAUUUAAUGAUAUGUUAAAUUAUUCCACAUUAAGAUGUGCAGAAUGAUAUAUGCAACUAUAUAUUAUAUUAAAUAAUUUAUUAAAUUAUAUAUUAUAAAUUAUUAAAUUAUAAGUUACAGUAAAUAUUGUAUUUUAACGUGGAUAAGGAACCCCUUAAUUUUUAGGGCUUGAAAUUUUGAAAAAAAGUUUUGUAAGGGAUUAGGUAAAUUUUGGUAAGUGCACCUGCAUUUAUCAGGUAAUGUGUUUCAUUUUUGUGUGGGGAGAGAAAGAGAGACUGAGAAAGAUAGAUGAGAGACUGUGGAUGUAAUAAGAAAGAAAGGGCCUUCUAUGGAAU